CUCAGAUAGACGAGCCUCUCUUGCGAAAAUAGUGCUGCCCUGAUUUUUGAGUCAUAGUGUUGCUUUACUGGAACUGCAAUCAGAAUUUGAAGCUACGAGCAGAUGGAUCACAGUGCCAGCAUGGACCAAGCGGCGUGGCACCGCAAUCCCGUGACUACGUGGACGCUUCGUUCCCGUGUCUUGAUUCAUGUGCAGCACAAGUUCUACUACGCGUUUCUGCUGUACGUGUUGACAGUGAUUCUUCUCGGAGCAGUGCUGCUUUACGGAGCCGACCGGGUGUCUAUCCCGAUUUCCUUCUUCAAUUCUGCACAUACAGGUGAGGACCAGCACGUCGGUCAUGGCGACGCCAGCGCGACUCGCAUCCCGUUAUCUUUUCCGGACGCUCUGUUCUACUCCUUUUCCUGCGUCUCCCAGGCGGGGUUGAGCGUUACCGACUGGCCGCGCAGCCAGAGACCGCUGACCCACUUCAUAUCGCUGCUACUCAUGUUCUGCGGCUGCAUGCCACUUCUGGCUUUGAUCCCGCCAUUGCUGCGGCGGUACGAUUUUCGCAAGCAGUACCGCACGUGGAGAAAAGAACUCCGUUUGAGCGUCAUAGCCCCCCAGGAAAAGCACACGACCAACCCGCAACGGGACGACCUUUUCGGAAACGCCAACGCCGGCCUGUCCACGUACUUCAACGAGGAGUCACGGCUGGAGUACCGGGCGCUUGGAUUUCUGGUGUACGUUACGUUGGUCUAUGUGGCCCUUUGGAUUGUUGGCGGGUUUCUGGUGUUACUAUGCUGCGCCAAAGACGUGCGGCCUUCCGAGCACCACCACGACGCUCACUGGACCACCGUGCUGUAUGCCGCGGCUUCGGCCUUUCACAACAACGGCCUCACCCUGUCGGAGAACAGUUUUGUUGAUUACCCAGAACCGUUUUUGAUCGUUGCCGGCCUGAUCGUGCUCGCGGGCAACACAAUGUUUCCGGUUCUACUACGGUGGAUUCUCGUGCUCCUGGAGCGACACGCGGAACACACGAAUAAUCCGCAGGCGAAAGAAGUCUACCAGUUUCUGCUUUCGCAUCCGCGCCGCGUUUUCACGCACCUCUUUCCGAGCGUGCACACCUUGUGGCUGUUCCUCACCGUGUUUGUGCUCAACUUUCUGUGCACCUACUCCCUGUACCUGCUCGACGCCCGCUACGAUUGGUGGUCGUGCCUGUUCCAGGCGCUGGCCACCCGCACCGCCGGAUUCUCCUGCGUUCCCCUGUUUGACCUCUCUAUGGCGACGAACUUCCUGCUCUGCGUGUGCAUGUACAUUGCCGCCAGUCCGACCAUCGUGGUCAUGCGAGGCACGCGAACGCGCACCCAGACUGAGGAGUUGGCGAAACGGCAUAAGGUGGAGCUGCAUCGCCAGUUUGUCCAGCAGCUGGCCUCGUGCGCGCCCAGUACGAACGGUGAGGUGUAUUACAACUCCUCACCCGCCUCCUCGUUCCAGCCCCGGGUUCUUUUUUCUCCAGAACUGGUGCACGCACAGCAGAAUCAGAAGAACGGCGAUAACGCAGAAGCAAACCCAAAUUCCUCCUCGACCUCUAGGUCACCCGCCGCAGCGCCGCUCCUUGAUGCAGCGACGACUUCGGGUAGCGAUGAGGCGACACUGACGCAAACUGGUAGUAUCGCCGCAACAUCCGCAACCACGUCCCUCCCCAGGACCUCGCGCAAGUUCCCGGUCGCGCUACCACCGUUCGGAAAGCAAGCCAUCACUGCGGAGAGCUCGCCUGGCAUACUUCCUGCAACGAGCCGGCAGUUUCUUCGCGCGGACGGUGUGACGCCAACUGACGAGACGGCGACCGGUUUGCCAAGCGAUAGACCUUCACUAGCGACGACAUCCGCGUCAACAGUGGCACAAACAGCAGCGUCGACAUCUGCCUCUGAUGAACGGAGCUCCACCACCGAUUCAACACCAGAAGUCGAUCAAAGCCACUGCUUUUCCCGUGCAGCAGGUGCGGCUCAAGUUCUUUUAGAAGACAGCCGUCACCUCUUCUUGCCUGGUGCAUCGAAUCGAAGUACGGGCUUCGAGAAUGAUCUGCAACAAGAGAAUUUUGGGGCGCAAGAACUCAUAAAUGACGAUUGCGUGGACAUCACCGGCAACAAUGGCGAGGACACCGAUUUGGUGGACCAAAAUAGCCUCCGCUCUCAGGCGAGGCAUUACCUCGGCAAGGACGUCGCAGCGCUAGUGAUCCUCACGUUCUGCAUUCUCGUGGCCGAGCGUGACCGAUUUCGCAUUCAUCCGGGUGGUGGAAUGCUCGACGGUGGUGACCAAAGCGCCUUCGGCGUGAAGAAUGGAGUCAACGGCAGUGAAGAUUUCCAUGACACCUACGAGCACAAUAUGUUUUUCAAGGUUCUGUACGAGAUCGUCUCCGCCUAUGGCACUGUCGGGCUGUCCCUAGGCGGCGGCAGUCCGGAAAACUUGGCCCGGGGUUGUAGCUUCGCGGGCUCGUGGACCGUUGAGGGCAAGAUGUUGCUGUGCCUAGUCAUGUUGCUCGGGAAGAUGCGUGGUCUGCCGGAAAGCAUCGACCCCUCCGUGGGGGCCAGGAUGGUACCGCGACUUCGCAGUGCUACAGAGGGGGUCGAUCCUGCGAGUCAAGCCGCGAGCAAUGUUGCGAGCGAAGCACUGCUUGGCGGCCCAGAAGUGGUUGAAAAUAUGACAGUUUUUGCUGAUGGCUCGGUGGAAAGUGAAAACUUGGACCGGCGCAAAUCGAAAAUGGCGGAUACGCGAGAUACGCCAUGA